AGGGACAGGGUGCAGAGGAACACAAAAACACACUCACACAAAAUUAGUGUUUGAGUCCAGGUGGGCCGAGUCAUCAGGCUUCAUUUGAGUCCACAUCUGGAUCUACAGACAGACAGGCUGAUAAGAUAACCACAGCAGGAGAGAGGAGGAGGUGAAGUCAUGGCUGGAAGGAGGAAAACCAGUUUCUCUGGUGUGAUGGUCGCCACUCUGCUGGCCCUGAUGCUGCUGCCUGCAUUUCUGUCUGCGGGACCAGUUGUGAAGAAGCAGAAGGGAGAUGCAGGAGAGAAUAUUCAGGAGAGCUCGGCUGCUGUAGAGUUACACAGGAGGCUGAGCCGCAACCGCAGGAACAUCAGCUGGUACAAACAGCACUCCGACUUCUGGGGAUGGUACAAGUUCUUCACUGAAAAUGGAAAUACGGAGGCAGUUCAGGAGAUGGACCGCAUCUACUUGGCUUACCUCCAGAACAAGAACCGCGCUGAGGGACGUCGCUCCUACAAAGCCUACCUGCGCCAUCUGGGGGAGGUGUACAAGUCCUGCUCUGAUUCCGAUGACCCCAACUGUGUGGCUUCCUACACCAGCAGGCCCAAACCGAAACCGGAACCCCCCAAGCCCGCGCCAGUAAAAACCUGUGAUCCCACCAAGGACCCCUACUGUCUGUAUGCUGCUUUGGUCCAGGGCAAGAGCCCCUACCUGCCCCUGGUGAUCCCAGACGCCGCCCCAGCUCCAGCUCCAGUGAAGGCCCCUGCACCUCUCUACGUCAGGUCUGCUCAAGCCAAGGACCCACAGUCAGGGUUUCACUACUACUCUCCAUCCGCAGUGCCUUUCCUUUCCAAGGAGCAGAAGGCUGAACUCCUGCGUAUCUGUUCCUCUGAAGACGUGGAGUGUCUGCAGUACCACCUGAGGGCGGCCCAAGGUUAUGCACCCUCUGCUGGACCGCCGCCCUCCUACGCUCACCUUGGCUGUGACCCCAGCAAAGACCCUAAAUGCAAAGCCAAGCUGGUGCAGAAAGCCCCCUCUGGUCUCUACCUGCAGUACCCCAACUGUGAUCCAGCCCGUGACCCCCUCUGCGCCUACUCUGCCUCCCUUGUGGCACAGCGGGCCCCUAACCCCCCUGCCCCUGCUGGUCCUGGAUCCUGCAACCCUCUUUUCGAGGAAGGCUGCAACCCCCUUUCAGCCACCAGAUUUGCCUCUCCACCUGAGUCAUACAAAUCUGAGGAGAGGGAGGAGGCUGCUGCCAUUCGUGCUGCCCCGUCUCCUGCAGAGCAGAACCACGACCCGUACGCUAUGUUUAGGGACGCUUAUGCUAAUGCUAACAGAGUUUCAGAUCCUUAUGCUAUGUAUCGUCAACCUAGCGCCCCAGCUUCUCCUCCAGCAAACGACCCCUAUGCACUUCUGCGCCGAUUCAUGGCCCAAGCUCAGGCAAGCGACCCGUAUGCUCCCCGCAUGGAGGCCGCUCCCCGCAUGGAGGCCGCUCCAGAGUCCAACCCCAAUGAUCCUUUCGCUGCGAUCCGUGAGGCCGCGGCCGCCAUGCAUCGCCGUGGUCAUCCCACCCCCCCCAGGCAGCAGUAUCCUUUUUCCAAUCCCAAUUAUGAAGAGCCCGCCCGGGAGGAGCGCCACCCUCUGGGCCCCCCAGGUAAGACCCAGGAGGGCUACGACUGCUUCAUCGGCUACGAUCGCGAUUGCUUUCCCGUGAAGCCCAGCAACCCUCGCUCCGGGGUUCACCGCCAAAUCGCAUUUUCCGCCGAAGCCUACGAACCCCACCUGAACGCCGACGGCUCCCGAAGCGGCGUCCUGGAGCCGACCAACCCGCACUGUGACCCCGAACACGACCCCGACUGCCGCCUGCGUCGCGUCGUGCCGGAGCAGUCGCACGCCGUCGCCCAGCCCGAGCAUUACGCUGAGGAGGACCAACGCCAGGGGGCAGCAGAGCAGCAACAUGAGCAGCAGGAACAGGACCCGUACGAGGCCGAGCCCUUCCAGAGCGGCCAGGAGGAACCUCACAUGUCUUACCAGCCCCUCUCACAGGGUAUGAGCCUCCAGGACAUAUUGAGGCGCUACGGAGACCAGUUCCCAGAGCAGGAGGAUCACAGAGCCUACGCAGACGACUACCGCAACAAAUAGACGUGCUAACAUACACAUGCAUGCAAAUGGACAUGACUACACAGUCCCGUGCGUUCUUGCAGCUUAGCCCUUGAUCGCGACAAGCAGUAGGUCUUGCCUGGACCUGAUAUGGGACACUAAGAGAAGCCUAUGGACCCAAUGAGCAAGCACAUGCAUGUACAUCCACACAUAGCUUCCAGCUGUCGGAGAAUGUGCAAAAAGCAGAGUGUGUUCCCGCAGUGUUUUCAUCUUUUUUUAUAGUUGCUUUAGACUUGUUGCUUUUCCAGUUUCAACCUCACCUUUCUAAAAAAAAAAAACACUCUAAUGCAUUCUGACUUUUUUAAAUGCCCAGCUUGCUUCUGUAUCUAUGCAGCUCACAUUUUUUUUAUUUUGUUUGUUGCUUUUUGUCUGAUGGUUUAUGUAAAGAUUUUUUUUUUUUCAUUUUGAAUGUUCGAAUAAAAAGCUCUUGAAAGAUG